AUGGGACCAACAAUUGACAUGACAACAACGUGCAGCACAAUGCCCACACAAGGCACGAGCGCUUGCACAUAGCACAACACCCGCAUGCAGCACGGCGCUCGUGCACAGCACAACACUGGCACAAGGCCUGGUGCCUACAUGCGGCAUGACACCCAUGUGCGGCAUGGUGCCCGCACAAGGCACGGCAUCGACGCAGAGCACAGCACCCGAUACAAGGGCUCAACAAUGAAGGAUGACAUCAUGAGCUUGACAUCAGCCAAUGGAGGACCCCCCAGGGGACCUUCUUUAAAAAAGGAACCCUGACCCCAUGUAAGAUCAUCUUGGAAGAAGACUAGAUCCUCCACGUUUUGAAGAACUUGAGCCCUCAGCAUAUUAGCUCGGGAGCUCACUAGGGAUCUCGUGCAGAGCGGCCGACAUCUUUAUUACAGUGGUAUCAAAGCCAAGUUACGAAGUAAGGUUAGGAUUCUCUACAUCCUCUUUUUUUCUAUUUACCAUAGAUAAUGGAAACGGAGGAUAGAUUGGGUACGAGUGGUACCCAGGGGCAAAGAAUUACUUGAUUAACAAAGCAACAAGAGACCACAACUCGUGAUGUAGAGACUCUAAUGGAACAAUGGCAGAUUGAAUUAAGUCGCCUAUGAGAAGAAGCAACUCAAUUGAGCCUAAGGGAGGAGCAAGAUUAGGUAGCAAUCAAAGCACUUUCGACAAAACUCAAUGAGGAGCUAUAGCCGAUCUAUGAUCAAACGAGAGCUAUGGCCACUGCUUAUGAAUCCCAGAAGGAAGAUAUAUCAACAUUACGAGAGAAAUUUUUCAGAAGGAUUGAGGAACUGACAAGUAAGUUCUAGAGGUCCCUUAACUCGGAAGCAAACCCUAGCUCAACUUGAGUCAAAGCCCUAGAACCAAAGACUUACUCAGGAGAAUGAGAUACCAUGUUAAUCAAGAACUUCAUUUGGGAUCUCCAAAGGUACGUCAACUCCAACAUUAUAUCUGAAGAAGAAAGUAUUUGUGAGAAGCUUAUCCCUCACUGGCAAUGCAAAGACUUGGUGGAGACUCUGAAUGGAAGACUUCUCAAGGCCACUAGUCACUAACUAAGAGGGAUUCAUGUAGGAAAUUUGAGAUCAAUUCUACCCGUCAAACUCGGGCCAAGCUACUUGGACCGUGAUGAGGCAACUCAAACAUGCCAAGUCUAUCUGAGAAUAUGUGAAAAAAUUCUCUAUGUUGGUACUAGAAGUACUUUGGAUGGAUGAGGAAGACAAGCUUCACUAUUUCAUAGAAGAACUCUAGAUAUGGGCCCAAAAUGAAAUCUGUAGACAAGGAGUCCGUGACAUUUGAGGAACAAUGAUGGUGGCGGAUGGACUGAUAGAUAAUCGACACCAACAAUCAAAUGACAAUGACACACCUCAAGAGGGUCGAGCUCGCAAUGCUAAUUGGGGAUGAGGAGGACCGGCCCAGGUGGGAGUGGGUCAAGGCAACCACAACCGAGGUCAAAAUGAGACCCCUUUACAAAUUGAGGGACCCAAGUGGAUAGGAUGCCACAUAUGUGGGGGCCCUCACCGAAGUGUAGAUUGUCUUGACCGAGAUGAUCGUCGCAUGGUGAGAGCUCAGCUCAAUCUCGUCUUGACAUAGGAGUAGUCAUCACUGGAAAUUGAAGAGGUACCACAUCUAAACAUCAUUCAGCUUCUAAAUGUGGUACAAGUGAAGGCCAUACAAGAGGCUCUUAGAAAAUUACUCUUUAUAGAGGCAAUUAUCAACUCCACUCCGACAAAAGUAUUGAUAGACUCAGGGGACACUCAUAACUUUCUAUCAAAGAAGGAAGCCCACAACCUUGGGCUGAGUUUGGUCCACACUAACAAUAAGAUCAAGGCUAUCAACUCUGAAGCCCAAACCUCGAUCAAACUAGCCCAACAUGUGAAGACACAAAUGGGCACAUGCGAAGACCAAUUGGACUUCCUUGUGUUACGAAUAGAUGAUUUUGAUGUUAUUCUUAGGGCUAAUUUCACGACCAUAGUAAAAGUAAGAAUAUUCCUCCACUACAAUGACAUAUUGAUAUGUGGAGGGGAAUUUUCCUACUUUGUACAAAGGACUGCUCAAGAAGGAGCAAGACCACAAACUAUCUCAAUCAUGCAACUAAAAAAUGAAAUGUGGCACGAAGCGGACAUGUUCUUGGUCACUCUUCAAGAAGUUGAGGGAGAAGGUCAAAAGGUGAGACAUCCACAUGUAUUAUCUUUACUUAAUGAAUUUCAAGACAUCAUGCUAGAUAAAUUACCUACUAAAUUACCACCUAGGUGA